UGGAUGACCCAUUAGCUUUACUUUGUGUGUGUCAUUAUGAUUACUGACCCGAAAACCUUAUAUGUCAGCUGUUAGAGGAAGAGCUAUAGUGACCAAAGCCUGCUAUAGUUUUGCUCUGGGUACAUCUGUGAGAAAUGGAUCGAUCACCAUUUAACGAGGUUGCAGUUUACUUUACUAAAGACGAAUGGGACUAUUUAAAUGCUGAUCAGAAGCAGCUGUAUAAGGACGUGAUGAUGGAGAAUUAUCAGAUCCUUAAGUCCCUAGGAUGUGUGACUACAAAGCCAUUCAUUGUCUCAAAGAUGGAGGAAGGAGAAGAGCCGUAUGUGAGCGUUAACCAUCAUAGCGACAAGGAUCAGAUUCUAAGUAAGGAUAUUGAAGAUGGACCAACAAGCUUGAAUUUGUCUAGUCAAUGUUUCAAUUCCCAUAGAAUUAAAUGCCUAAAAACUGAAGAUCCUUGUAUAUCUAGUAAUGAUGAUGAAGGAAAUAAAAUUAGCACAAGUGUUAAAUAUAAGAAUCAAAUCCAGUCUGUAAGAACUAUGAUUAAAGAGUUAAAUCCGUGUGUGGAUGUACGUCUCAAAGAGCCAAAUGAUGUGGAUGGAUACAUCAAGAAACAUUGUGUGGAAACCUCCAAUGAAAUGGACAAAAAUAUUUUAGUGAAGGAUGAACAUGGUGAAAAAACUUUUAUUUUACAGUGUCUCACCAAUCAGACCAAUAACACGGAGAAUCAGUUUACUUGCUCAGAAUGUGGGAAGCAUUUUUCCCAUAGCUCAACACUUCUUGCCCAUCAGCGAAUUCACGUAGGAGAUAAAUCAUUAACAUGUUUUGAUUGUGGGAAAUGUUUCAGCAAUUACUUAGACUGUGUUAAACAUCAGAAAAUUCACAAGAGAGGAAAAGCAUUUGUCUGCAUAGAAUGUGAAAAAACAUUUCCUGCUGGCUCGCAACUUGUUGUACAUCAGAGAAUUCAUACCGGAGAAAAACCAUUUGCAUGCUCUGAAUGUGGAAAACGGUUUAUUUUAAAAAGAUCUCUCAUUAAACAUCAAAGAGUUCAUACUGGAGUAAAAGGCUUUGCAUGCACUGAAUGUGGGAAAUGUUUUAAUCUUAAAUCUCAUCUUAAUAUACAUCUGAAAAUGCACACAGGAGAUAAAUCUUUUGCUUGUUCUGAAUGUGGCAAAUAUUUUAGCUGUAAAUCACGUCUUGUUGUGCAUCAGAGGUUUCAUACUGGGGAGAAGCCCUUUGCAUGCUUGGAAUGUGAGAAAUGUUUUAACAGCAAAGAUCAUCUUAAUGCUCAUCAGAAAAUUCAUACAGGGUUGAAACCAUUUGAGUGUUCUGAAUGUGGGAAACGUUUUAUCAUGAAAUCAUAUCUUGAUAAGCAUCAAAGAAUUCAUUCAGGUGAAAAGCCAUUUGCAUGUACUGAAUGUGGGAAAAGGUUUAGCUCAAAACCUUACCUUAAUAUGCAUCUAAAAAAUCAUACAGAAGAUAAGUCAUUUGCUUGUUCUGAAUGUGAUAAAUAUUUUAGCUGUAAAGCUAGUCUAAUUUUGCAUCAAAAGAUUCAUACUGGGGAGAAGCCUUUUGUUUGUUCAGAAUGUGGAAGAUGUUUUACAUGUAAAUCAUAUCUUAUUAUGCAUCAGAGAAUUCACACCGGAGAGAAACGUUUUGCAUGCUCAAAAUGCGAAAAAAGCUUUCACACUAAAUCUGGUCUUAAUAAUCACCAAAAAAAGCAUACAGGCGAUAAGUCGUUGAUAUGUAAUGAAUGUGGUAAAUCUUAUAGCUGUAAAGGUAGUCUUGUUUUACACCAGAGAAUCCAUACAGGGGAGAAACCAUUUACAUGUUUAGAAUGUGGUAAAGGCUAUAACUUUAAAUCUGGACUUGUUUUUCAUCAAAGGACACAUACUGGGGAGAAACCCUUUGUCUGUUCUGAAUGUGGGAGAUGUUUUCACAAUAAAUCUCAUCUUAACAUGCACCAGAAAAGCCAUAAAGAAGAUAAACCCUUUGCAUGUUCUGAUUGUGGGAAAUGUUAUCGAUAUAAAUGUAGUCUUGUUAGGCAUCAAAGAGUUCAUACAGGGAAUUAUCCCUUUUCAUGUACAACAUGUGGGAAGAACUUUACUACUAAUUCACAAUUUGUUAAUCAUCAAAAAAUCCAUCCAGGAGAAAAUUAAUUUGUAUGUUCUUUACAAAGGGUACAUUUUCUCAUUGCUACUUUAUGAUGUCAUAUUAAACAGAAUGUUCAAAGAAGAAUACUGAAUCUAAAAAAUGUUACAUAAAAUAUCAACUAUGGCGCAUUUCUGUACUUUUUGUACAAACCAGAGAUUAUUAUAAAAUAAUUUUUUUUGUAGAUACAUUCUUACAAUGAUUUAUUAUAUGUGUAGUAACAUUUAUUUACACUUAUAGUAAUAUCAGAAUAAACUAGUUGUAGAAUACAACGUAAUCCUAGCCUGCAUUCAUUUUAAUUUUACUUAAGGUUAUGAGAAGAACCAGUGUGUGCUUCCUGUAUUAACCUAUAUGAGCAGGGUUCAUCCUUUAACAGUACAUGAUAUUUCAUGUGAAUUUAAUUUUAAAUCUGGUGUUUGAGAAUGUGUAAUACAAAAUUAUUUUUAGUUUCAUCUAAUGUUAUUAAUCUGUAUAACAAAUCAUGUAAGUGCUUCCUUACAUUGAAAUAAAUGCUAGUCUUUAGAUGUC